AUGGCCAUCGCAAUGCAAGCAAGUGUCGCUGGUAAUCCACUCAACACGGUCGCCGUGGUGCCCUUCGACCUCGCCCCGGCAAGGACGAUUCGUGGCGCUUCUGCAUCCUCCUCCUCAAGCAGCUCCCUAGCCGCGGCAGCGUCGAACCUCAUCAGCGCGAUCGCACAGGGGACAGGAUCGCCCGAAAUGGUCGAAAAGAGGUCUGAAGCAGACAGCGACGAAGGCUCGAGCUCAUUCACAUACACUGCUCCGGCGAGCGCUGUCGCCGAGACCGAACAGCUGGGCUGGUACACCUCGACCCCGUACCACAUCUCGAAUCGAUACUAUGAUGCCGAUAUCACGCUCAGGGCGACAAAAGCCGCACUGCCCAUCGCUGGUGUGACCCCAGAUCAAAAUGUCGAAUCAGUGCUAUCACAGACGUAUCCCGCCUAUCUCGCGGUUGUCGACAGAAGCCAAAGCCUAGAACACCAUCGUCUGCUGGCCGCAAAUCUGGAAGCGAAAGUGGCGGCCGGCUUCGAUGCCGACAUCAGCAUCGUCGCAGGAGUGUCGCUUCUCUCAUCAUCGAACUCGCAAGUCGUCACAGUCCUAGACGACGACGUUGGCUCGUCCUCGCGCCGUCCAGGGACAUCGCAAUCGGCGAGGCCGGCCAAAACGAGCGAUCUCAUCGCACUGUAUGCCGAUCACGGAUGGGAGUUCAUCGCGAUCGACGAGCUAGAUGGGGACGCGUCAGACGGGGAGGAUCACGAUGAUGGUAAUAGGGAUUCAAGCAGGGACCAUGACAAGGAUGGCAUCGAAAGGAUACGAGAGGCGCUCAUGAACCAUAUGUGGAACGGGCUGGUGCGCAAGGAACAGGCAACAUCAAAUCGGACUGCAACGAGCAUGACGGGUGCAGGCGCUGGUACGAGCUUCGUUCUCUCGAGCUUCCCGGACGCGAUGGACGACGCCUCAGCACUGGACGGUCUCGACGAUGAUGAGGCCUAUGGAGCAGAAGCAUUCGAUGGGCCUGAUACCGGUGCGCGUCUCGCCACGGCGCUUCCCGCCUUGGAUCUCGACAAACACGCCGACCCGAGCGACCUGGAUGAGCAGCUCGCAAAGCUCUUCCUCGCGUCCUCCGGCAAUCCGGACUCUGCAGACUUUGCCAAGCUCGAAGCGUUCCUCGAAUCGGAGGACCCUUCGUGGCCCGGACCUGCACCUGAAGCCACCUUCAACACAGGCGAUACAGGACGGACAUUCGAAGACGACUUUGACGACUUUCUUCCCUUCCAGUCCGCUUCAUCUACCGCCGCUGAUCCAGGAUCACUGCCGAGUGCAGACGUAGAGGACCUUCCUUCGAUGGACGACAUCUCCCAGAUGCAGGACCGCCUAUUUGGCGCCAAUGCAGCUGCUCGACUCGAAGCGGGGCCGCUAGGGAUGGGCACUCUACCAAAUGGGUCAGGCGAUGGAGACCUGGCCUCCCAACUCUCCCAGCUGCAAUGGCACGCUCAGCGAGUACGAAACAUUCAAGACCCCGAUCAGCGCCGGAAGGAGGCGGCGCUUGUGGCGCUCGCAUUCAGCAUGCAGUGGUCAAACGGCGAAGAUGCCGCUACUCCCGAUGCUGGGACGAUGGCAUUCUAA